AUGGUGAUGGAAGGUGGAGAGAAGUCACCAGUAGAAGCUCAAGCAAAAGAUGAUGAACAUUUUAGCUGCCAAAAGCUGGUUACAAAUCAUAAGAAGAAGAAGAAGAAGAAUGAGAUCAGUAGGAGGUUUAGUGAUGAGCAAAUUAGGUGUUUGGAGUCUAUGUUCAAGUUGGAGGCAAAGCUUGAGCCAAGUAAGAAACUGCAACUAGCAAGAGAGCUUGGGCUGCAACCUCGCCAGAUAGCUAUAUGGUUUCAGAACAGAAGAGCUAGGUGGAAGUCUAAGCAGAUAGAGCAAGAAUACAGAGUACUCAAAACCAAUUAUGACCAAUUAAGUUAUCAGUUUGACUCCCUGAAGAAUGAGAAACAUUCCUUGCUCAUACAGUUAAAGAGGCUGAGCGAACUGCUGAUCAAAAAGCCUAAUGAUGGGGAAAGGGAAAGCAAGGAUUUGGGGGUAAUAAAUAGCAGAGAAGGUGCGUGGAAUAAUGGGGAUGAUAGCUGUAAGUUUGAAAGAAACCCCAGUUUGCUAAAUGAAAAAGUUAACCAAGGUGUGAUUAUGUAUUCGGAUGAUGGUGGAAGAGGAAACUUUGCUUACUUUAGACGAGAAGAAGAAGAAGAAGCAGAACAACUGAAGUUCAAGCAGGAAGGAGAAGAAGCAGAACUACUGAACUUCAGGCAAGAAGAAGAACCAGAAAGACUAAUUAACUUUGGUGAAGAAGAAGACAUCUCCUUGUCAUUACCUGAAAGAUGGUGCAGCAGUGACUCUGGUGGUCUUGUUGAUCAGUCAUGUGGCACUUCAAACUGGUGGGAAUUCUGGAAUCUGGACUAAAUGCACC